UAGCUUCGAAAAAAACACAGAGAAACAACAAACAGACUAAGGCCGCUCCACAGCCAGAAACAGAAACAGAAACAGAAAUCAAAUGAAGCAGCAGCCGAAACGUGCAUAGCCAGACUUUUCCACUGCUAAAUUAUUUUACCGAGUACCCACACCAAAAUUCAAAACUGUUUCACGAAGAAUUCUAUGCUACUGACGUUAUUUUAAACACAUGAAACGUUAAUUAUAAAAACACAAAAGUAAAUUUGCCAUCAAACAAAUGCAACGGACCAACGCCAUUUAAGUGAUACAACAAAACAAAUAAAAGUUUAAACAACAUAAGUGCUGUGAUUCCACUACAAAACAACAACAACAACAACCAACAAGAAAUGUUAAUUUAAACUGCAACAACAAGAAGUAGAAGAAGAAAAAAGCAAUCAGCAAGAAAACAAACAGCAAAUUGUGAUAAAUAAAAAAUAAUCUUAAUUAAUUAAUUGUACAAGUGAUAUAAAAAGGGCGACCCAAAAAGCCGUCGGAAAAUAGCGAGCGAACGAGCGAACGACUUUCGAUUCGAUUCGACUUUCCCACUUCAAAGAAAAGCACACUUCCCAGGAAAACCAAUGAAAAUGGAUGUUAUCCCCGCGCAGGGCAUCUUCUACGGCACUGUUCGAGUAUCAAACAAAACUAAAGCUUGGACCGGCCACCUGACGCCGUACGACCCCAUCGAAGCGGCCGUCGCCGUAAUGCCCAAGAAGGCCAAGACCGCAGGGGGCAGCAGCGCCACCGCCACCACAGCCACAGCCACCAGUAUUAAGCACAAGCAGCCGGCGGGCAGCGGCAGCAACCAUGUUGGCCAGAGCCAGAGCAAGAAGACGAAGCCCAGCGGCAGCUACAACAGCAACUACUACUAUGCCGACGAGGAGGAGGGCAUCAGCGGCAGCGGCUACUACUCGAUGAACUUCGACACCAAGGCCGUGGAAGAGCUGUCCCUGCGACUGCUCGACGAGCUGAGGGCGGCCAAGUCGCGGCAUUUGACCUGCACCGAAGUGUCGCUACCCUGUGAUCUCACGCCGAGCGUGGCCCGGGAAAUCAUCCGCGUGUCGGAGAAGGAGCCCUGCGGCAUCCGCGGCUGCACCAUCUACAUUGAGUUCGAGGACGAGCCGAAGAACUCGCGUCGCAUCGCCUCGAUCAAGAUCGAUCCGGACACGGUGUCCACAUUCGAAGUGUAUCUGACCCUCAGGCAGGAUCACCGCGGCUGGACGUCCCUGUUGCCGCAGUUCAUGAAGAGCCUGGCCCGCACGAUCACCAUCAGUCCGGAGUACACGAUCACCAAGAACAAGCUGUAUUCCGCCGAUGGAUUGGGAGCAAGGCGCAGCUAUAGCUUCGGCAGCCACGCCCACAGCCCCAGUGCGGCCAUAGCCACGCCCACAAAUUAAGGUGAUCUUGGAGAUCUGUAGUCAGAUGUAUUUGGUAUAUGUCUGCAAAAAACACCACCCCUGUGAUGAUCGAGAGCAGUAGUUUGUUGCAGUUGAAGGGCAACAACGAAGCAAGUAUUCGAAGCCACCCCACCUACACCACACACACACACACACACACACACACAUACACACACAAACACACACACCUAAAACACACACACACAACACAUUAGGGUACGCCAACCACACUCUCAUACUAAUACUAUAUAAUGGGACCGUAAGGCCCGAUUUUUGUAAUUGUGACUCUCACCACCAUUUUACUUAGAUGCGUAGUGCUAUAACAAAUAACUAGAGUUUUAAGUUGUUUCUCCUUUUUCAAAAACGCAAAAGCAAGAAAAACAAAAGGCGAGCAGAGCGGAAGAAAAGUAAAGAAAAACCAACAUGAAAUUCAAAGACGGCAGCCCCACGAAUCCCAGAAUCAUAUUUCUGGGGCCUUCGCUUUGGGGCUCGCCGGUCGACAACUCAUGAAUAUGUGAUACUGUUUAAGAUGCUAAGAGUCUUUUGCCGGAUCCACCAAAUCCGGCAAGAGACGUUGAUAAAAUUACACAUUACACACAACAAAAAAACACACACACACACACCCCAUACAUACACAACAAAAA